AUGCCACUAGCAAUCAAUGAUGAGCCUCUUGGUCCAUAUAACGAGGAGCUUCUAAAUUUGUCUGCGCUUUCCUAUGACAGGAAAGCACUUAGCACAAUCACGCUGAAUCUCGAAAAAAAGUUGGCCAAAUCAAUCAGUAAUGCUGAGAGCCUAAAGCGGCUGUACACCGUAGCAGCCCCAACUUUGAACCGUCACCGCCGCUUGCCAGAUGUGCAGCGCUCGUCCACUGUUCAUGGGUUUUCUUCAGGGGAAUCUGGAGAUUACCGCAAAAACCUCGAGGUGUUGAAGUGCUUGACAGUAAUUGUAUACAUAUGCCAGAAUGGCUCACAUGCGUUUUUGCAAUGGGCCAAGCAAGUGUGUGACACCUUGAUCUAUCCAAUCGGCCGCCUUUCCUUCCACCCAAAGACCUCCAACGCCAUAUAUCUGAAAGCUGAGCUCAUCAUCAAAUUCUGCAAAGAUGACAUGGAACUUAAGUCCGCGCGCCAUUCUAUUGACCAGAUACGAUCGGAGCUAAAGCCGGGACUGGCCCAUAGAUGGGUGAGCUGA